UUCAAGUGUUCAAAGUGAGUUAAAAACGCAUGGAGGCCUUCGACAACAUCACGGGCAACUUCACCGACGAGCUGGUGGAGCCCGAGGUCCCUCCAUACGACCGCAUUUUCCUCGAAUUAUUCACACUGGUGGCCUUCCUCUCCGCCACCGCCAACACACUCCUCAUCUUCACCAUUAUCAAGUACAAGAAGUUGCGAGAAAACGCCACCAAUGUGAUUUUCCUCCACGUCAACAUCUCCCAAGCUGGUUUCCUCCUCAGCACGCCUUUGAUAUUUCGAACUUUUUUGUACUUUUUUGACAAGUCGGUGCAUCUGACCGUGUUUUGUGCUUUUUAUCAACUCACGGCUUGUGUCGGAUCGGCCAUCGCUGGAUUUCUAUUCCUUCUCAUUUGUGAUAGUUAUCUCAAAAUUUACCACAAGGAGAAAUACCGCAAAUUUUGCCGCAUUCUCAAAUAUUUCAUAAUCGCGAUUUACGUUUUAACAAUUCUAACAUCCUCUGUUACUUUGCACGUGUGUUUUAAUAGUUACAUGUACGCCUUCACUCACAUUUUUUUCUUUUUUGCCAUUUGUUGCGUUUUUAUUGCGCUUAUUGUUGUGAAUCUUGUUCACGCUUUUCGGAAACGAAGAGUAAAUUAUAAAGACAGUAAUAUUGGUUUAGUUGUGGCAAAUGCGUUCUUUUUGUUGUGGACACCUGCCGUCAUUUUUGUUGUUUUAAGUAAAAACGGAAUAGUAUUUGCUGGACUUAUUGUUUUCAUACUUUUUUUCGCUCUUGGACUUACUAGUCCUAUUUUUAAUCUAGUUUAUGUCUACUGUUGUGAUAAUAAUUUUAACGUGUUUCUACGACAGGUGUUUACGUGUAGGUGCAAGGAUUAUAAAAAUGAGGAUUUGGAGGACCAACCUGUGGUUUAUAACGACGUAAAUGGCGUGCGGAUUAAUUCAAGUUAAAUUUUAAAACCAUUUAUUACCAAAGAAAUGUACCCUUACUUUGUUAAAAUAUACAAUAAAUUUUUGU